GCAGUCUUUUUUUUGGUAGUUUCAGGCUUGUUGCACUUGUAACGAAAUGAAUCAACAAAUUUGAAAUAAAAUAAAUAAUAACUAAAUAUACCAUGUCUUUCCUACGUGGAUCGGUCAACUAUGUGUGGUGCACCACCAGUGUGCUGGGUAAAGGAGCCACCGGCUCUGUUUUUCAGGGUGUUAACAAGAUCACUGGCGAAUCGGUGGCAGUCAAAACCUUUAAUCCAUAUAGCCACAUGCGACCAGCCGAUGUACAAAUGCGUGAAUUUGAGGCCUUAAAGAAAGUUAAUCAUGAGAAUAUUGUCAAGUUGCUGGCCAUUGAGGAGGAUCAGGAGGGUCGUGGUAAAGUGAUUGUCAUGGAACUCUGCACCGGUGGUAGUCUUUUUAAUAUUCUCGAUGAUCCUGAGAACUCCUAUGGUCUGCCCCAAAAUGAAUUCCUAUUGGUUCUCGAGCAUCUUUGUGCUGGCAUGAAACAUUUGCGUGACAACAAAUUGGUUCAUCGUGAUCUUAAGCCCGGAAACAUUAUGAAAUUUAUAUCGGAAGAUGGUCAAACUGUUUAUAAGCUUACCGAUUUUGGUGCUGCACGUGAGCUGGAGGAUAAUCAGCCAUUUGCCUCACUGUAUGGCACUGAGGAGUAUCUACAUCCUGAUCUCUAUGAGCGUGCUGUUCUACGAAAGUCCAUACAACGCUCAUUUACAGCCAAUGUCGAUCUUUGGUCCAUUGGUGUCACGCUCUAUCAUGUGGCUACAGGUAAUUUACCCUUCCGUCCAUUUGGGGGGCGUAAAAAUCGUGAGACUAUGCAUCAAAUUACCACAAAGAAGGCUUCCGGAGUCAUAUCGGGCACACAGCUAUCGGAGAAUGGUCCCAUAGAAUGGUCAACAUCAUUGCCACCCCAUGCUCACCUCUCGCAGGGUCUUAAGACUCUGGUUACGCCCUUGCUGGCUGGCCUGCUCGAGGAGAACCGCGAUAAGACUUGGUCUUUUGAUAGAUUUUUUCAGGAGGUUACACUUAUACUGCGCAAGCGGGUCAUUCAUGUGUUCUAUAUGAAUCGAACAAGUUCCGUAGAAGUAUUCCUGGAGCCCGAUGAACAAAUUGACAAUUUCAGAGAACGCAUUUUCAUUCAAACUGAAGUGCCACUGGAAAAACAAAUUUUAUUGUUCAAUAAUGAGCAUCUGGAGAAAAGGGUUACACCCCGAACAAUUGUCAAAGCAUUUCCGGCCACCACAACAGAGCAACCGAUAUUCCUCUAUAGCAACGAUGAUAAUAAUGUUCAAUUGCCAAAUCAAUUGGAUUUACCCAAAUUUCCAGUAUUUCCACCAAACGUUUCCGUUGAAAAUGAUGCCAGUUUGGCCAAGCAGGCCUGCAGUGUGGGUCAUGAGUGUAAGAGACGUGUGGAUAUAUUCACAACCAUGGAUAUACUCAUUAAAAAAGGUGUAGAGCAAUUUAUUGAAAUGCUUAUAACAACCAUUGGCUUGCUGCUAAAGAAAACUGAAAGUUUUGACAAUCUCUUGUCCACAGUUAUUGAUUAUGCCGAUGUUGUGCAGAGCACGACGCGUGUGACCAAAGGUGAUCAGGAAUUAAAGUCCCUAUUGAAUGUAUUAAAUGUAGUCAAAAGUGAUUUUGAUGGAGCAGCGGAUGUUAUUACACAAAUGCACAAACAUUUUGUUACAGACGAUGAACUAAAUGAUCAAUGGUCAUCAUCGAUGCACGGCAAGAAAUGUCCUUGCCGCACUCGUGCCAGUGCUCAGGCCAAAUAUCUUGUGGAACGUUUACGUGAUUCGUGGCAGCAUCUAUUACGUGAUAGAGCAACACGCACUUUAACCUACAACGAUGAGCAGUUCCAUGCUCUUGAGAAAAUCAAAGGUGAUCACAAUGGCAAACGCAUAAAGGCCUUGCUAAUGGAUAAUGUAAAUCCGGCUGUAGCCCAAAUUGCUGAAUGUCUUGCCGAUUGGUAUAAAUUGGCCCAAACCGUUUAUCUAAAGACACAAAUUUUGGAGAAAGAUGUUCGAGAUUGUGAACGUAAAUUGAAUAGCAUACGGGAUGAGCUCUAUCAUGUCAAAUCGGAUUUAAAAUUGGAUGUCGAUACAAAGACCAUAAAUAAUAAUAAUCAAUUGGCCAAAAUUGAGGAGCGCAAUAGAUUGCGAAUAAUGCAACAACAACAACAAGAAGUAAUGGCUGUUAUGAGAAAAAAUAGUGAAGUGAUUUCAUUGCUAAGUCAAUUGGGCAUUGGAAAUGGAGUCAUAGACAACUCAUAGCAACAGCAAACACUGACAUUUUUCUAGACUUAACUAAACAUUCAACUAUUUUGCAUACAUGUAUUUGUGUUUAUAUUUUACUUUAUGAAGUUAAGUU